AUGACAACACCACCACGGGCAAAUGAUGAGUCCGACAUGGAACAUUUCACCCGCAAGUUCCAAAGGAUGAUUAGAAGGGACAAAAGAUCCAGCAAAAAGAAUUUCAUUCCCAAGCAAGCAUACGAUGAAUAUGAGUCAAUCAUCUCACUUAUGGCCAACUCAGAUCCAGAUGGUGAAGAUGAGAAAGUCAAGAAAGAAACAGAUGGAGGGGGUCAAAAAUGUUACAUGGAUAGCAGCUGCUCAAAGCACAUGAUCAGUAAAAGGGAUAACUUUCUCUCACUCAAAGCUUUUCAAGUUGGGAGUGUAUCCUUUGGAAAUGGUAAGAAGGGGAACAUUCUUGGAGUAAGCAAAGUCGAGUGGACACUUGCUCAUGCCAUAGAAAAUGCAUACUUCGUAAAUGGUCUAAAGUAUGGCCUGCUAAACAUGUCUCAAAUCUGUGAAAGAGGAAAUGAAUUCAAGUUCUUGUCUUGCUCUUGCACAGUCACAAGUCUCAAAACUGGUGAAGUUGUUUUGGUUGCCAAGAGAUUCGAAAAUGUAUAUGUCACAAACUUUGGCUCCCAAGACGGAAGUUAUUUGACAUGUCUGAGGGCGAUUGAGGAAGAGCUUGAGCUCUGGCAUACUCUAUUGGGGCAUGCGAACUUUUCGUUAUUAAGAAAACAUCUUUGUGAAAGACCUGGUUCGCGAAUUACCAAAGGCAAAGUUUAA